AUGCUGUCCACCGCAUUUGUCGCGAGGGAUCUGGACGAGCUGAGGAAGGCUCUGGGUCAGACCGUGUUGGAUGGCUACUUUGUCAGUUAUGGAACGGGCAUUGGGCAGGUCUACGCCAACAUGUUCCCCGACAACGUCGGUCGCCUCGCACUCGAUGGAACCGAGAUGGUGAAAGGGUAUCAGACUUCCUUAGGUACCUUUGGUACGGACGCACUGGACAACAUUACGGCUUCGUUCCACGACGGGUUCUUGGGCGAAUGCGUCGCUGCUGGUGUCGAGCAUUGCGAUCUCGCCAAACCUUUGCACAGUUCCUCCACACUGCCCACAAAGGACUCGCUGAUCUCGACCAUGGACGAUCUAUUCGCCAAACUCGUCGAGCGACCCAUUCCCGGGUACACAGACACCUCGGGCCCCAUCCUCAUCACAUACAGCUCGGUGAUCGAGCUGAUCUACGAGGCACUCUACGCUGCCUCGACCUGGCCGCCGCUCGCCACGGCCUUCUACGAACUCCUUCAGGGCAACUCGACGCUCGUCUCGCUGUUCCUGGACAACUCGUGGGAGUACAACCCCUCACUCCCCUCGACGCCGACACGCCAUUCGUCAGACGAACUCGGGUUGCUCGUCAUCUGCUCAGACCAGUACUAUGCGCCGCUCCCGCCCGGCUACGAUGUGCGCACCAACGGUGAAUCGUGGUACCUCGACCUGUGGCACCGCAUGGUGCGUCAAUCGGAAAUCGGCGGCAACUCACGCUUCUACGACAUCCUCCCCUGUCGCCACUGGAAUUCGACUUUCGCACCUCCAAGGGAAGUCUUCCGGGGGGACCUCAACCAUACGCUGUCCAACCCCGUGCUCCUCAUCGCAGAAACGUACGAUCCCGCUACACCCUUGCGCAACGGCAGGCGGCUGCUGCACGAGAUGGGUAGCGACAACGCAAGGCUGGUCGCGCUCGAUGCAUUCAGCCACUCCUCGAGGGAUCUGAGCGCGUGUGUGGUCGACAUUGUCCGCAAGUAUAUGCUGGAGGGCAAGCUGCCCAGCGAGGCCGAGACGAAAUGCGUCGCCGAUAGCAAGCCGUACAGACCCGAACACGGCGGCGGUAGCAAGGGCACGGCGCUCGAGGUGUGGCGCGCUCAUGUUGAGGACAUGCGCGCACUCGCGCCGAGAGCUGCUAGGCGUGCGGGCUUCUGA